AAACCCUGUAUGGAAGAUGAGGAGAGGGAGACAGCCCCUCUGCUAAAGCAGCAGUCAAGCUCCUGCUUGGGAAACGACAUGCCACGACAGUUCCCUAAGAUCACGCUGAGUGAGGUGGAUGAGGAGACACGUCUGCUGGCUGAGAAGGUGUAUGCGUCAGCGCUGAAGGAGGAGGACACUAAGGAUGCCCUGUCCAUGUUUACCGUCCCUGAGGACUGUCCCAUCGGCCUGCACCAGGCCAAGGAGAGGGAGCUGCUCAAAGAGCUGGCAGAGCAGCAUUCAGAAGAGAGCGCCAAGAGGAAGAAAAGUUUCAAGAUGAUCCGUUCCCAGUCAGCGUCCUUCCAGGGCCUGCAGAUCCCUGUGACUGCAGAGUGGGCCCGUUCUGUGGUGACCCCAUUCCUCUCACCCUCCUCCACCUGCUCCUCACUCCCAGAGAACUGCCCAGAGUACCAGAGGGUCACCAUCAGUGGAGACUACUGCGCUGGCAUCACAGUGGAAGACUAUGAACAGGCAGCCAAAACCCUGAUGAAAGCCCUGUUCAUUAGGGAGAAGUACUCCAGACUGGCCUACCAUCGCUUUCCCCGAACUGUUGCCCAGUUCCUCCGUAGCGCUGAGAACCAGAGGUGGAAGGAAGAGGACGAGGUUCUACCAGAUGUCUGCCCUUGCCCCAGGGAGGGGGAGGACCCUUACAGCAUGGAGAAUAUUCCAGACAACCUGAGCUAUGAGCUGCAGAUGAAAGAUGGCAUAGUGUAUGUGUAUGAGAAUGCAGAGGCUCUAAGUCAGAACAGUCCCCGCAGCCUGCCCUACCCUGACCUGGAGACCUUCGCCAUAGACCUCAGCCAUGUUCUGGCCAUGAUCGUUGAUGGACCCACGAAGACCUAUUGUCACAGACGCCUGAAUUUCCUGGCCUCAAAAUUCUACCUGCAUGAAAUGCUCAAUGAGAUGGCUGAGCUAAAGGAACUGAAGGGUGUUCCGCACAGAGACUUUUACAAUGUCAGAAAGGUGGACACACACAUCCAUGCAGCCGCCUGCAUGUCCCAGAAGCACCUUCUAAACUUCAUCCAGACCGCCUACAAGAUGGAGGCAGACCGUGUGGUGCUGGAGAAGGGCGGGCGGAAGCUGACCCUCAGAGAGGUGUUUCAACACCUCAACAUGGACCCCUAUGACCUCACUGUGGACUCCCUGGAUGUACAUGCUGGCAGACAAACCUUUCACCGGUUCGAUAAGUUCAACUCCAAGUACAACCCAGUGGGGGCCAGUGAACUCAGAGAAAUCUACCUGAAAACAGACAACCUCAUACAUGGAGAGUACUUUGCACGCAUUAUCAAGGAAGUGUCCCAUGACCUAGAGGAGAGUAGGUACCAGCAUGCUGAGCCUCGUCUGUCCAUCUACGGACGCUCUGCAGACGAAUGGGACAGCCUCUCCAAGUGGUUCAUCCAGCACAAAGUGCAUUCUACCAACAUGCAGUGGAUCAUCCAAGUGCCCAGGAUCUAUGAUAUUUUCAAGUCAAAAAAGUUGAUCACUAACUUUGCCAAGAUGUUGGAGAACAUAUUCCUUCCUCUGUUUGAGGCUACAAUCAAUCCACAGAAGCAUAAAGAGCUACAUGUAUUUCUCAAAUAUGUGACAGGCUUUGACAGUGUGGAUGAUGAGUCCAAGCACAGUGACCACAUGUUCUCCUACAAGAGCCCCAAGCCUGAGCAGUGGACAGAAGAUGAAAACCCUCCCUAUAGCUACUACCUCUUCCACAUGUAUGCCAACAUCAUGGUGCUCAACAAUCUGAGGAAAGAGCGAGGCUUGAGCACCUUCCAGUUCCGUCCACACUGUGGGGAGGCUGGAUCCAUCACCCACCUGGUCUCUGCUUUCCUCACCGCUGACAACAUCUCCCACGGCCUCAACCUCAAGAAGAGCCCUGUCCUACAGUACCUGUACUACCUGGCCCAGGUGCCCAUUGCCAUGUCUCCUCUGAGCAAUAACAGCUUGUUCCUGGAAUAUUCCAAAAACCCGCUCAGGGAGUUCCUACACAAGGGGCUGUGUGUGUCCCUAUCAACAGAUGAUCCUAUGCAGUUCCACUACACCAAGGAGGCACUGAUGGAGGAGUAUGCCAUCGCGGCCCAGCUGUGGAAGCUCAGCACCUGUGAUGUGUGUGAGAUUGCCAGGAACAGUGUGCUGCAGAGCGGCCUGUCUCACCAGGAGAAGAAGCACUUUAUUGGGGCCAACUACUUGAAGGAUGGACCUGAGGGCAACGACAUUCGGCGGACCAAUGUGGCUCAGAUCCGCAUGGCCUACCGCCACGAGACCCUGUGCAAUGAGCUCAGCUUCCUAGUAGAUGCAGUGAAGACUGAAGAGGCCAUUGGCACACAACCUGAGUGACCACAACAACAUGGGACAACAACAUGAGACAACGAUAUCUCUUGCAUUCUUGGGAGUAAAAACUCAAGGGUUUGAAUGGAUAAGUGUGUCUCUUGUUUCUCUGGCUGCAUGUAGGCUACAGUGACAGCAGAUAACAUGGGGUGCCAUUGCAUUUAAAGGGAUUCUCCAGUACUUUUGUAUACUUUUUGCAAGUCGUUCUGAAAGUAGCGCUCAAGAGCCAAAAGUGGUCUCAGAAAACGGUGUACUACGUCACAUACUGUAUGUGCAGAUAUGUGCACCAUGUCAUUGCUCGCUCUCUCACUCUGCUGUGGGUGCAUCAUGUGCAUCUUGAUAGCUGUCACUCAUAUGGCGAGGGACUGAAGCUCAUUGGUUGAACUCAAAUCCUAAGGGGCUGGCCCACGUGGAGGUAUAUGUAGGGGAAAUGGCAUAGCACAGCUUCCAGAAAAACACUUGCUUUCAAACGAGGGAUUUCAUGGAUAAUUGAGGUAAGACAUUAAUUCUGCUAAUAGAUUAUGCAUGUAUGAAUUACACUUUGACACAUCCAAAGCGGGAGGUUUAAAAAAUAAUUAGUGGUCGCCAAAGUUCCGGAGCAUGUCUUUAACAGUAUAAAAAUAGAUUGUAGUAGGAGCCAACUACAUCUUAGUGUCUAAAUGAUGUAUGUCCACAGUACUGAUGUCAGGUUUGCUACCUGACACAAGGGUUUCCUUCUGCAGUGCAGCAACAACAUCUGCACUAAGGAUGGCUCACUCUGCAGAGCACUUAUUCACAGUUCAGUAAUGUUACAAAAUAUUUGGGUUUCAAGUGCAAUGUCUGGUAGAAAAAACACUGGCCACUUCUAUUUUCAUGUCCAACACUAGUGAUGGGCGGUCCCAGCUGUUGACAGAACCUGCCAGUGUUUAUCUCUGGAGCUGGAACACUGCUGUAGCUGUGAUGAAUGAAGGCUGGUACAUUUCCACUGUCCCUUUCCAUGUGUGCUUGUUUUUAGAGGAUGUCAUGCAGAAGGUUCCAAGGAGGACACUGAAGUCAGUUGUGGACACUGUAGGUAAAAUACAUUGUACUUGUAUGCACUGUAUGAUAUUUGCUUGAAAUAUUUGUGUGAAUGUUUUGUUUGAAUUUGAAUGAAAACAGAGGCAUUUCUAUUGGUCAGAGUAUGCAAUAUUUAAUUUGAAUGUACUGUAUCUAUAACUUUGGAAAGCAACAUUGAGUCAAUUGAAUUGUGAGAGUUUGGAGAAGAGAGAAAAAUGUGAAAGCAUGUCUUCUCUUCUAGUUGCACUGAGAUACAAGAGGCACAUAUUUUAUCUCUACUGUCCAAAGAUGUUAUACUGCUCUAUCUCACCUCUUGCUCGUUAAUGGUUGACAGAAUGCUAUAAAAUAACCUGUUUUUAAUUGUUACUUUUGUUAUCAAUAAAGAUGUUUAACAUGGA